CAAUCGCAGGCACCAGUCCCAACACCCCACCCCGGCACCUCUCCUCCCCUCGCGGCGGCGGCGAUGGUUUCGACGCGGCGGCGCACUGCCCAUCCUGGCCCCUCCGACAAGCUCCGGGGCGCGCAGGCGAAUGGUUCUGGGACUGGGGUCACCCUCCGGCCUUCCGUACCGGGGGAUGCCGCUGGAGAGGCGCAGACCAACGAGCCGCGCAGGUUCGUGCGCGCCUGGUCGGAGCCGGAUGACCUCCGCAUCCUCGAGUGCCUCGCCGCGCACGUCAAGAAGCACCGCGCUCCCCCGGCCCGCUGCCAGCUGCUCGGCCUCUUCGCCGGCCGCGGCCUCGACAAGGAGGAGUUCACCGUCACCGAGAUUUACGAGAAGGUGCGUCGCCUACGGGCGCAGUACGAGAAGAUGCUCUCCACCCCCCGCCCGGGCCAAUGCCACAGGAGGUUCGAGCUCUCCAAGGCCAUAUGGGGCAAGGGCAUCGCGCCGGCGCCGGCGAAGAGCCCCGACGAGCUGCGCCGUCGUUACCCCGACCUCGUCGACACGGUGGAGCGGAUCAGCGCAGCAGAGUGCCAAGGCAGGGCGGGCAAUGCUCUCAAGAGGGGAUUAGGGUUCAUCGAUGACACUACGGCCGGCCGAUUGAACUCCCUGGCGAAGAAGCAACGUUGUCUGGAGAUCAAAAUGAUGCUGAAGCGACACGACCUGAGGAAGAGGGUGCUCAGUAAGCGCAUCAAAAUCAUCGACUGACAUCUCAGUUCGUUCCUCUCUCAUGGAUGUGGACAUUUAUUGAGGUCAGUGAGAUUGCGAAGCCAAAUGGAAGGAGAGAAGGAUAAUUAGUUUUGUUAGUUCUGUCAAAAAAGAGCAUUAGUGCUUUGGGGUGAUCACUAGUGAGCGUUACCUCUGUCAUACACUAAUAUAAUUAUGCUUUGUCUGAAAAAGCAGCUACUAAAAUAGAAUCUGCUAGUUUUUGUUUGUCAUUGGUGAAUGGAGCCAUGGACAACUUUCUUUUGCCCGCUUCUUUAUGAAGGGGUGUGUGUGAUCUGUUUAUUUGAGUAUGUUGGCACAACAUGCGGAUAGACAUGCAGGUGCAUGACUUUUGCUUCAUAUCUUUGCUAUCAAUUGAAGCCUUCCCUAGAGCUAAUCUGUAAUUGAGUUGCCACCUUUUUUAGGACUGAAAUCUGAAAGAGAUAUGCAUCGAGGCAUUUCCC